AUGGCUAAAGUUGAAAUAUCCGAAACAGGUCGUAAACCAGCAGCGCAAUUUGAAGGAUAUAGUUAUAGACUUGAACGCCAUCAAACAGAAUCGAUCUCAUGGAAAUGUCGGGAAUAUGGUUGUCCUGAUCGUCUUAACAGUCUUAAAGGUUAUACAAAACCAGAUCUGAGAACUCCACAUUCGCACGGUCUAGAUCCAGAAAAACUUGCUGUUGAAGAAGUUGUUGUUGAUAUGAGAAAAAGAUGUGAGCAUCAACUUCCAUACGCUGUUUUUCAAGCAUCUAGUCAAGUUGUUACUGAUCCACAAAUAGCAGCUGCAAUACCCAGUUUUGAAAGUCUUAAGUCUACAUUAUAUCGACAUAAAGGAAAUAAAAAUGAACCAUCGACCCCAACAUCGUUGCGAAAUCUUUGUAUUCCGGAUAAAUAUGGAAAAUUGUGUUGGAAGAAAAUUUCUUACAAAUUCAAAGUUCAGCUACGACGAACAAAUAAUGAUGUUGAAUCAUGGCAUUCUAAGUUGUCACUUCUACUACAAACACAACCGACUGUAUGGAGAUUGAUUGAAACACUUCAAGCACAAUACGUCUUAGUUCAACAUGAUAUUGAACGUUUACGUGCCGGAACAUAUAAAGAUCGAAAAAAUUUAAAAUAUCAAAAACUGAACAGAACAGUACAACGUAUAACGGAUAAUUUUAAUCUAGGUCUAACUCAACUGUCAGAUUUUGUUAACAGCAUUUCUUAA